AUGCGUCCCCCGGCUUCCCUCACGCUCCUUAUUGCCUUGUGCGUGGUGCACGCCGGGCCUGCUAUCGCCUCGAACAUCCUUCGGAGCAAGUUCGUCCGCUCUUUUCCUCAUGUUUUCGAGCAUGCACCGUCCUCUUCUUCUCCGGACUCUGACACGGCGUCGACCCGGAUCCUCGACUUCGCCACCGUCCAUGGGAUCGGCGACCAGGACACCAACUCCUUCCUCGGGAUCCCAUACGCUCAGCCCCCCAUCGGAGAUCUGCGACUGAACGUCCCGGUCCCCAUCGCGGAGUACAACGGGACCAUCAACGCUACCGUGUCCGGGAACUGGUGCUACAGCUUCGUCCCCGCUGACCUCCCGGCUUCCCCGACGUGGUUGACUGCCGAGCAGGCUACGUUUUUCAAUAAGUUCGACGUGCCCUCGGGCGUUCAGUUCUCAGAGGAUUGCCUCAAUCUUAACGUGAUCGCCCCUGCGUCUGCGAAGCCCGGCUCAAACCUUCCUGUUGUCGCGUACAUCUUCUUCGGCGCAUUCGAUUUCGGCGGAGCUACGGGUGUCGAUGGACGAAAAAUCGUCAAGCGAUCCGUCGAGAUGAAUGAGCCGGUUGUUUUUGUGAGCAUGAAUCAUAGGCUCGGCCCCCUUGGAUGGCUGGGAGGAAAAGAUGUCCGCGAUGCGAAGGUUGGAAAUCUCGGUUUGCAAGAUCAACGCACCGCACUUCGCUGGAUACAGCGCUACGUCCGGAACUUUGGCGGCGACCCUACCAAAGUCACCUUACUCGGCUUUAGCUCCGGUGCCCUCUCGGCCGGCUUUCACACCGUCUACAAUGACGACGAGAAUCUGUUCCGCGCACUCUGGAUCGAGUCCGGCGCAAUCCAACCAGUCGGCUGGAUAGACGGGUCAAACCCCCAGGCGGCGUAUGAUACUUACUCCGCGUCUGUCGGUUGCGGCAACGCCACGGAUACCCUUGCGUGCAUCCGUCACGCUCCACUUGAGGCGGUGACCAACACCUCCGCCGUCAACGCUUCGUGGUCGCCGCGGGCGGACGGUUCGGUCCUCCUGGACCUCCCACAGAAGCUGCUCACCGAGGGGCGUGCUCGUAACGUCCCUGUCGUCGCUGGGAACGCCGAAGACGAGGGCACGCUUUUCGCACUGAACACGCCUAACAUCACUUCCGACGCAGAGUUCAUCCAAGCGCUCUUGGCCUCUUCUUGGUUCGGCAACCUGAGCGCACCGCAAGGGCCACAGCUGCUCGAUCUGUACCCCAACGACCCGGCGCUGGGCGCGCCGUAUGGGACCGGGGACGACUUCCAGUACGGGCAGAUGCACAAGCGCUUCGCGUCGGUGAUGGGAGACGUGAACGUUGACGCCAACCGGCGGCUGUUCUUGCGUGAGAUGAGCAAGAAGGAAAACGUCUGGUCCUACUUUUACAGGCGCCGUAAAAUCCCCGGCUUCGGAUCGACGCACGGCUCCGAAGUCCCCGACAUGUACCAGGCCGUUGGGAGCCAGCUCCAGGACCUCUUCAUCCACUUCGUGAACACGCUCGACCCGAGCGGGACGCCCGGCAUCGCGCAGGCAUGGCCCAAGUACAAUGUGAGCGCGCCGGUGCUGCUCGAAUUCUCGGGGAACUCGACGCUCAGGCUGAAGAACGAUACGUACCGAGAGGAGCCGAUCGACUUCCUCAUAAACCUUGGGCAGAAGUACCCGUGGACGGUUUGA